AUGGCUUCGCUUGGUAAGGACAGAGCACUUUCAAAUGAUUCUUCCUCGAAAAGUGACCGUUCUGGUUCCGAACGUGCGUCUCGGUCUCCAAAGAGGCGAAGUCGUUCAAGGUCUGAGGAGCGAGAUAUUCGUAGUGACCGUGUUGUAGACCAGCUUGCCCGCUUACAUAUAUGCAAUUUCGAUGAGAGUUUAAGAAAAAGUGAUCUUGAGAAUGCAUUCAGCAAAUACGGAAAAAUUGAUAACGUUUGGCUUGCAUCUUACCCUCCGUUAUUUGCGUUUAUCACGUUCAAAAACAGGGAUGAAGCCAGUGAUGCAUUGAAGGAGAUGGACAAUACCUAUAUUGGCCGGAACAAGAUAAAGGUUGCCAAAGCUCAUCCACCACGGAGAUCUGGUGACAGGGGGCAGUCUUCGCGGCGUCCUGGUAGUGGUAGGGGAGGCAACUACAAUGAUAGAAGCCGUUAUGGUAGAGGCGGAAGAUCAUACGGUGGAGGGAGUAGUGGCGGAUAUGCUAGACAAGGUGGUUCUCGGUACUAUGGCAGUGCAGGUGAGAAUUAUCGGAGUGGAAGAGGCGGAGGAGGUCGAAGUUUGAAAACAUUCUUGACAUCGUAA